AUGGCAUUCAAUUCAGCAUGGAAGGCUACAGCCUUGCUAACCUGGUUACUUGCGACAGAUACUGUAAAUUGUUUGCCAAAUCCAGUCAUUGGGAGUGUGGCAGAGAAGGUUCUUCAACAAACAGCUACAAGACCCACGGUAGCGUUUGAAACCCAGUAUCCUCCAAAUAAUUCAGAGGAUAGAAUACUCAUCCCUGAAGCAUCGCCAGUGUAUCGUGUUGCAUUGGAGAACGAGGGUCAUCCAUCGCAGUUUCCCUUUCCAGGACCUGACCUAGGUCGUUUCCUUAAAGGUGUAAAUGGUUUGUUGGAUGAAGCCGAACCCACUCAACAUCCUCAACAUCCUCAUCACACUCAACAUCCUCAAUUGGUUUCAACUGCCCAGAGUGUACCUUCAGUAACAGAAUCUAUCCCAACAGAAGCACCGCAAACUGCGCCUUUCACAGACCAAGCCCCAACUGGCGCUUCAGCUAUGAACAACCAAGAUAUUUUCCUGCCAGUGGCGACGGAGGCUCCUCCAGCCAACAUCAAGCGUCGUCAUGAUCAUCCGGUGAUGAACAAGAAUGCCAACUCAUCUGCCCCCAUCGAAACAAACAAAUUCUAUGCAGGGUUGUUCUUGGGAUCGCAGACCAAUGCUAGCUUUACUCAGCCAUACUCUUUGGCAUGGUCCAGAGGAGGCGGAACUCUGAAGAGUUGGGGUGUGUCAGUUUCUCAUGUUGAGACCAACGUACUGGCCUUUGGUCCCAAGAACAAGAAGAUCCCCGGUGAUCCUAUUGAGUAUUACAUCAACCCGGUCGGACUUCAGCAUGUCAUUCUCUCCGCAGCCGAGCUGGAUGAAUCUAGUGUUCUGACUGUUGAAGAACCCAAGGCCUUUUCUGCGCAUGCUGUUCUGAAGCGGUCAGCCGGGUCAGAACAGUCAAUCACCUUCCCAAUUGUCCAAGGUAUGGGCUACUUGACUGGUGUAUACAAUGACCUGCAGCCAUUGAUUGAGAGUGGUGUGUUCAUCCGCAAAGUCGUCAGCGCCGGUUCCCCCAAGCCGGGUAUCUUCAAGUAUCAAGUUUUGCUGGAAGACGACACUCAGUGGGUUUUGUAUGCCACUCCGACCGAUGGUCAGGAUCCUAAGCUCAAGCUAGCCUCCAACUCUAGCCUUCGUGGUCAAGCUGGGUUUUCAGGUACCAUCCAGGUUGCUAAGAACCCUGCCGGCAAGUCCGGCGAGAAGUUCUAUGAUAACUCUGCUGGAGUUUACCCUGUUGCAGGCCAUGUCACUGGCUCUGUCACGGGAGACGUUGGUACAUACAAUCUUUCCUGGACCAAGGCUGGCAAGCAGGCUCAAGAUAGUCCCCUCAUCAUGUUUGCACUGCCACAUCACGUUCAGUCCUUCGAUCGCACCACGGUCGGCCGAGUGACCGAUAUUCACUUGCGGACCACCACGAAGGGCAAUGCAACUGCAGUCAUUGGUGAGACCUGGACUAUGACCGAGGCCAACCUACCAAUUGAUAUGGGAUUCGCCCCCUGGUCUCCUGUCCAUGGAAGUGUCAAUGCGCUUUCCACGACCGCUCAGCGUGCGAUCCUCAAAGUAGCACCCACAGAGCUCACCCAAGAUAUUGAUGCCCAAAGUGACCUAAACAGCAUGUACUACAGCGGGAAAGCUUUGAGCAAGUUUGCCACGCUUAUCUAUACUGUCACGCAGCUUGGGAACAACGUCGACAUCGCCACUGAAGCGUUCCAGAACUUGACUAGAAGCUUUGAUCGCUUUGUACAGAACGAGCAACAAUUCCCACUCACAUAUGACACCGUUUGGAAGGGUGCAGUAUCUACUGCUGGGUACGCUGGCGACCUGAAUGCCGACUUUGGAAACACUGCCUACAACGAUCACCAUUUCCACUACGGAUACUUCAUUCAAGCUGCCGCAAUUAUUGGAGCCCUUGAUCCCAGCUGGCUGGCCAAGAACAAGGACUGGGUCAAUAUGCUGGUGCGUGAUGCUGGUAACUCGGUGGAGGAUGACCAGUACUUCCCAUUCUCGCGUGGCUUUGACUGGUUCAAUGGCCAUUCCUGGGCGAAGGGUUUGUUUGAGUCUUUUGAUGGCAAAGAUCAGGAAUCUACAUCUGAGGAUACCAUGUUUGCAUAUGCUGUGAAGAUGUGGGGUCGUACGACUGGCGAUGCUAGCAUGGAGGCUCGUGGCAACAUGAUGCUGGGCAUUCUACGUCGCUCUCUUGAUAAUUACUUCCUAAUGCAAGAUAACAACACCAACCAGCCGGCUGAGUUUAUUGCAAACAGAGUGACUGGAAUUCUUUUCGAAAACAAGGUCGACCACACUACCUAUUUUGGUAACAGCCUUGAAUUCAUCCAAGGAAUUCACAUGUUGCCUCUUCUUCCCAACUCUGGCUACACUCGUCAACCUAGCUUUGUGGCACAAGAAUGGUCGUCCAUGUUCGCCGCUAAUGCUUCUACCCCUGCUUCAAAGGUGGAAGGGGGCUGGAAAGGUGUUCUCUAUGCAAAUCUUGCUCUGAUUGAUCCCCAGGCUGCAUGGGAAUUCUUCACGCAGGAUGAUUUUGAUUACAGCUGGAUUGAUGGAGGUGCAUCUCGAACUUGGUACCUCGCUUUUGCCGCAGGUCAGUCUCUUCCCCAUCAAGCUGAAAGGCCAUUUUACUAA